AUGACGCGCGUCGAAGGCUCUUCAGGGUGCUUCAAGCCUUCAAAGCUUCAAGACUGCAGCGUCCUCUUCUCUGUGCAUAACAUCUUCGCUCUUCUGCUCCAACGUGGAAGUGCUACUACAAGAACCAUGCUCACGCGCGGAUUCAUCUACGAGAUGCAGAAGAGGUUUCAACGAGCGGAGGUUGAUCGAGACAAAGAAGAACUGACGCGCAGAGGAAAUUGGCAGAACAGGGCGAGAGAACAUGCGCGAACGAAUACAGGGUGUGGUUACGAGAGACAGAGGGGAAGGGCCCAGCCAGCGCUCGACCACGGCGGCGACGAACUCGUCAACGUGCUCCUGCUGGCGCUGCGGCGCCUGCGUGAGCGCAGCGGACUUCUGCAGCGGUUUGUGCAGCCAGCCCUUGAGUGUACUCGCGCUUGCACUUCCCGCACGCGUGGGGCGGAUCGCUGGGCGGCGCGGCUGGCGCGUGCGCGUGCGCGGGGACGUGUAAACCCGGGCCCUGCGGUGAUUUCUGUGAGCUGGGGUCACAGCGAGACGAGAGCACACGGGGGACUCGACGUAGCGGAACUGUGGGCCAUACUGCGCCGCAACCUCGUGCUCCCUGACACUCGCGGAGGAAUUGGCAGUGGCAGCGACCGCGAUUGGGGGCUGCGAUUAACCACCAUCUCGCGUAUUGUUGCGGAUAUGUGA